AGUCUCGGCAGUCCUGGCAGGGCCGCCAUUUUUGCAAAGGGAAAAGAGACUGGUUUGAGAGGAUCUAAUUUCUAAAAGUCGCCGUUGACUAGGGCACUUUUAACGGUUUCUAAAUAAUUUCUAGCCGAAUAUCGGUCCCGCGUAGAACAAGAGCCCGCAAUUUUUUUAAAGGAAAGGACUCUUUAUAGGACAGCGCUGAAUACAAACAUUUUAAAGCUUUGCUAGGGAUCCGCAGUGUGUGGACAGAAGUAUUGUUUUGGUUGUGGAAGCUGUGUGGAAAGCGACGGGGGUCUUACCCAGGUCCCCUUAUUCGUUGUUCAGGUCUUCCAGAGUGAACAUAAAACGGUUUGAUAUUUACUGGAGCCUUUCAAGUGCUUUGUUCAUGGAAUGCCUUGUGGAUGCACUUAGAUGUCUGCAAUGACUGCUGUGGCUGGCAUGCCUCAGUGUUUUGGACUCCCAUUCUCUGGACUCAGUAGGACAAGAACUGAUCAGCAGAGAACGUCAUGAGCAUAGUCAUCCCAGUAGGGGUGGACACAGCAGACACCUCAUACCUGGACAUGGCUGCGGGCUCAGACAGACCAGAGUCGGUGGAGGCCAGCCCCGUGGUGUUGGAAAAGUCCAGCUACCCACAUCAGAUCUACAGCAGCACUUCUCAUCAUUCCCACAGUUACAUUGGUCUGCCUUAUGCUGACCAUAACUAUGGGGCACGGCCCCCACCUACCCCGCCGGCCUCCCCUCCCCCCUCCAUGUUGAUCCGACAAGGAGAAGGAGGGUUGUUUGUUCCUGGGGGCCAGGACGACGCAUCCAGGGGCACCACUCUCAGCACCUCAGAGGAUGGCAGCUAUGGUGCCGACAUCACCCGCUGCAUUUGCGGCUUCACCCACGAUGAUGGUUACAUGAUUUGCUGUGACAAGUGCAGUGCCUGGCAGCAUAUAGACUGCAUGGGCAUUGAUAGGCAGAACAUUCCGGAGACCUAUCUGUGUGAGCGCUGCCAACCACGACACCUGGAUAGAGAGAGGGCCAUCCUGCUGCAGACCAGGAAACGGGAAUGUUUAUCUGAUGGGGACACGAGUGCUACAGAAAGUGGAGAUGAAGUGCCACUAGAGCUCUACUCUACCUUCCAGCACAUGCCUACCACCAUUACUCUGACUACUGGGCGCCUUGGCAAUAAGCAGGCUGAUAAAAAACGUAAAAAGAGUGGCGAAAAGGAGCCGCCCGCCUCCUCUGCCCGGGCUAAGAAGGCCUUUAGAGAGGGGUCCAGGAAGUCGUCCAGAGUAAAGGGUGCAGCCCCAGAGCAGGAGCCAAAGGAGCACCCGUCUCUCUGGGAUUACAAGAUCAAAACAUGGAUGGAGCGCUACGAGGAGGCUAGCAGUAAUCAGUACAGUGAGGACGUCCAGGUCCUGUUGCGCGUUAAAGAGCAAGGCGACGGCAAGAGCCUGGCGUACAACACACACCCAGCCUCCUUUAAACCACCCGUAGAGAGUCAAGUUCAGAAGAACAAGAAAAUCCUGAAGGCGGUCCGGGACUUGGCCCCAGACUCCCUGAUCAUUGAAUACAGGGGAAAGUUCAUGCUUCGUCAGCAGUUUGAGGCAAACGGCUAUUUCUUCAAAAGGCCAUACCCAUUUGUUUUAUUUUAUUCUAAAUUUGAUGGACUGGAGAUGUGUGUGGACGCACGCAGUUUCGGCAAUGAAGCGCGCUUCAUCCGUCGCUCCUGCACCCCUAACUCUGAAGUGCGGCACGUCAUUGAGGAUGGCAUGUUGCAUUUAUACAUCUACUCACUGAGGCCUAUCAGCAAGGGCACAGAGAUCACCAUCGGCUUUGAUUUUGAUUAUGGCAGCUGUAAGUACAAGGUUGACUGUGCCUGUGUGAAGGGGAACCAGGAGUGCCCAGUGCUCAAGCACAAUCAAGAGCCCACAGAGAACCAGAGCUCUGGAGGCAGGCGCAGAGGGAGUCGCAAGGACAAGGAGGCAGCCAGAGACGACCUGGGCCAGAACCAGAACAUGGGGGUGGAUGGCGAGGGGAAGGGCAAGAGUGUAGGAGAUGGCAAGCAGAGAAAACUCUCUCCUCUUCGCCUCUCCAUCUCAAACAACCAGGAUCCUGAGUUAUAUGAGGAUCUAGAAGACAAAACCUCCGUUAGCAAUGAAGUAGAGAUGGAGUCAGAGGAGCAGAUUGCAGAGAGGAGGAGGAAGAUGGCCAACCCAGCGGAGCAGUCCCAUCUCCCUGUCGGGGCGGCUUCCAGCUGGAAUGGACUGAAACGCAAGGAGACACGGGAAGAAAGGAAGAUGGAGGCCAUUCUGCAAGCCUUUGCUCGCAUGGAGAAGCGAGAGAAACGCCGGGAGCAGGCUCUGGAGCGAAUCGGUAACGUCAAGUCAGAGGUUGGAGUUCGUAGUGACAUUAAGGAGGAGCCUGCUACUCCAGAGACUGCAGAUUCCCCAGCUGUCGUGCAGCCACUGCUGGAGGUAAAAGAGGAGCCAGGACUAAAGCCAGCAAAGGUCAAAGGCUCGAGAAACAGGAAGAGCUUUUCCAGAAACCGUACACACAUCGGCCAACAGCGCCGGCGGGCUCGUACCAUCAGCACUUGCUCGGACUUGCCCCCCAGCUCUCCUCCUGAGUCUGUGGAGCCCCUGGCCAGUGAGGCACCUGAAGGCGAAACACCCACUGCACCAGAGCCAGAGGCCAUCGCUUCUCAGGCCCCAGACAGCAGCCCUCCACAGAGCAGCUCACCUGCACCCGACAGAAUCCGCACUGGGAGCAAGAACUUCAAAACUAAAAAGCACUUUGUGAGUGAGUGGGUGGGAGAGAAACAGCAGGACCGUGGCGCAGUGCGAACUCCUGAACCAGCCCCAGAGAGGCCGCUGCGGAUAAGCAGUGACCCCGAAGUACUUGCCACACAGUUGAACGCCCUCCCAGGCAUGGCCUGCUCGCCACAGGUCUACAGCACGCCCAAACACUACGUGCGCUUCUCAUCUCCAUUCCUGGCAAACCGCAGCCCCACCACCCCUGGAGUCCCCACCGGGAGACGGCGAUCCAGAGAAAUGCCAGAGACGCCGCCAACCACCGGCUCCUGCAAGAAGCGAUGGUUAAAGCAGGCUCUAGAGGAGGAGGGUUCCACCAGUCCAGCCAGAAGGCCUAGUCUAUUCACGCCCAGUGAGGGUCCCCUUAGUCCUUCUAUUAAUGGAGACUCUGACAGCCCUCUGCCCUGCAAUGGAACCUGCUUGCUACCAGAGUUGCCCACACCUUUGAAAAAGCGACGGUUGAGCCCACUCGAUGCCUGUAUGUCUGAGAGCUCCACACCGUAUGGUUCCCCGUGUGCUACCCCCACCAGGGCAGACCAGUCGGAGAUGCCUGCAACCCCCGUUUCACUGGCUACCCCACCACAGCCCCGGACAGAGGAGCCAAGCACAGACAUGCUGAUCAUUACCUCAGCACAGGCACUUAGUGCGCCUCAGGAGAGUGAAUCUUCAGUGGAGAGCUCGCCAGAGGUCAGCCGGAAAUCCAGUGUGUACGAGGCCGAUCAUCCACCAUCGUUGGUCUCCUCUCCAUGCAUUAGGGCUCCCAGCUCAGAAGCACUAUUAGCAGAAGCCAAGGUGUCUGUUCCAGAGAGCCCGCCGCCUCCACCUGUAGAACCUAUGGACUGUGGUGAGGACGGGGCUGAAGGUGUGAUCGUAGAGGGCAGUAGCGAAGCCUCUUCGUCUGCAGAACCAUGUGCUUCCUCUUACCCUGGCUGGAUAAAAAGCCCAGAGCGAGGACCGGCUGCAGGAGCGGGCCUCACCUUUUCCCCAGUCAACUCAAACUUAAGGGACCUUACCCCCUCACACACCCUGGAGCCUUUGGCAGCUCCGUUCAGGCCAGAGACAGCAGCUGGGACUGCAACAGGGCCCGCAGCAGGGACGGCAGCAUUGGGUGCCUCCCAAGUUCCCUUCAGUGAAAGUCAGGGGCAGCUCUUUUACCCCUCAUCUGAAGAUGGAAGCUCACUAGGCUUCUCGCGCUCGCUUAGCGGAGAUGGCUCUGGCGAGGGAGGCGGGUCGGCACAGAACCCGCCACAGAAGAAAAAGGUUUCCCUGCUGGAAUACAGGAAGCGUCAGCGUGAAGCCCGUCGGAGCGGCUCCAAGACUGAGUGCAGCUCUCCUGUUUCCACUGUUCCACCUGUGGACGCCUUCCCCAUCACGCUUGAGAUCACCAGUGAGCCUCCUUUAGCGUCCGCUCCCACAGUUCUCUGCAGCAGCACCACGACUCUGAAAGAGCCUCAAGCAAACGAGGAGCCAGAGACGGCUGGAGAGAAGGAAGGAGAGGGACAGUGGAUGUCGUCAACUUCUGUGGAACAGGCCAGAGAGCGGAGCUACCACAGAGCUCUGCUGCUCAGCAAAGAUAAAGACACAGAUGGUGAAGCAGAAGGGGGUGAUACGCCUGCCCUGCGAGACUGUCCAUCGCCAAGUCUUCAAAAGACCCCAACUCACGCACCCUGCUCUCCUGGUCCUCUUUCUCAGCCUCCUAGUCGACCGGCAAAGGACGAAGAUGGCGACGGCCAACCCCGGACCCCCAAUCCGACCAGCCAGCUACCAAGCAAGUCUGCAGGACCCAAGCUGACCCCAACCAAGCUGCAUCCUACGCCGCUGCCCUCGUCUCCAGUCCAUUACGGCGGACCCUCUCUCCUUCACUCUCCCAAGCCUCAGCCUCAGGGCUCACCCUACCGCAGCCAGAGGGCGCUGUUCUCUCCUCAACCUCAAGCCCAGGCCCAGGCUCAGACUGGCCCCUCUCCUUUCUCCCAGUACAAUGCACAGAGUGCUCCUCCCCCACCUCCUCCUCCCCCACCGGCUCCACAAGCCUCCACAGCUUAUUUCCCCAGCCAGAGCCCGUCACCUGCCGGACCUUUCCCUGGAUUCAAGCCUGCUGUCACACCUCCCUACCCUCCAGGCUCUCAGCCCCUGAUACAGACACUUCCCCACAAUGUGCACUAUCAGAGCUCAUCUGCUCCGCCACCACCUCCUCCACCACCUCCACACCCCAUGUCCAGCCCUGCCCUCCUGCAUGUCAAUUUGCAGCCUCCUCCCAUCCAGCAGCAUCAGCUCAUGCUGACCACUGCUCCACCACCACCACCACCACCACCACCACCACAGGGCCAGACCUCCCAACAGCAGCAGCCUUCCACUGGCAGCACCUUGCUGUCACUGACACCUCCACCCCCUCCUCCUCCACCCCCCCCCUGCCCCCUCAACAACUGCGCCAAUGCAGCCUCACCACUUUCAGAACUUAGGGGGAUUUCAGCCAGGAUUGCUGCACCCCGCUGCUGCUGCAAACCCUUCAGUACCCCCAUCCACGUACCCCCCACCCCUACAGCAGUCAGGACUGCCUCCCCCUCCUCCUCCUCCUCCCCCCCAACAGACUCAACAAGGCCAGCCCCAGGCCACUGCCUCCCAGAUGCCUUCUGGGACUCGUGGAGCUCCUGCGUCCUCGACCCCUUUCCACAGCUCGGGGUACCUGAGCACAGGGUGGCACUGACCGCCCUCUCUGCCGUCGGCCCCGGCAGCCCCCCCAGAACUCUGCGUGAGACGGGCGUGUACCAUAAGCUGUAGAUAUGUUUUCUAUGUACCUGAACACAUGCCAGUGGAAAAACAGCUGAUAGUGGGAUAAAGGGGUACUUUUUAAAAAAAUAAACAAGGACAGAAAAUUUUAGAAAAAGGACCGAGAAAUCCUCUUCACAGCGAACUGUUUAAUAGUGAAGAUGGAUAAUCCUCCCCGGUGCUCAUAGCCCUCUCUCUGGCCUCCCUCUGUUUUUAUAUGUCCUUCCUGUGAUGUAGAGGAAAGUUCUCUGUUCUGCGUCUUGUUUGGACUCCAGUUGUAAGGUUCCUGCACCGGACAUUCCAACCUAUUUCCCUCCUUCACCUUCCUUUUCCUUUGUCAGUUAUUCCUUUUACUUCCUCUUUGUCUGUUGUUGACUACACCAUUUAUUUGUUUUAAUCUAGUGGCUCAUUAUAGCAAUGAGAAAGCUUUUUGUAUAGAGAAAAAAAACACAAUUAUUUUUUUUAUUCCUCUGUCUAACAACAAAUAUCUGUUCACCGCUGCAGAUUCAGAAAAGAACCAUUUUUGGGAGCCUGCCUCACCAACCUGGGAGGCUGCACUCGUGUGUGUGCGUUUGUGCGCGUGUGUGACUGUUUGCGUGCGUGCGUGCGUGCGUGUUCAUGUAAAGAGUGCUUGUAGUCUUCAGAGGUAGGAAGAGUGGUUUUGCCCACAGGUAGGAAGCUAGCGGUUUAUUUUUGAAUAUCAAUGGUUAUUUGUAGAAAGUGUAAUUUAAUGUAUAGGUGGUUACUCCAGCUUUCACCAAGAACAGGUUGUAAAUAUUUGCUUCUUUUCUUUUCUAUGCUUGUACAAUUUGCUCCCAUCCCAUUUUGAAAUAUGGUUGUAAAUAUGAACGCUCUUCUUGGCAAAGCUGAAUGUUUCUGUGACUGUAGCAUUAUUUUUAUUUUAUUUUUUCCUUGUAUGGACUCUUCAACCUUGUCUUUUUUUAUUUGUGUGUGUGAGUGUAUGUUCGUGUUGAGGGGAGAGACUCACAGACACUGCACUGGUUGGCUAUUUUCAUGGUUCAUUAUAAUAAAUCACUGUAAUGACAGUUUUAUACUA